AUGACGGAGUUCACAACAUCUCGCGAGUGUGCAGACACGCAAUCGCAGUCGAGUUUCUUUGGUCUCUUGCCGCGCGAGGUCAGGGACAUGAUAUAUGCACACUUGUGGGAAGCGUCCAAGUCACGUCAGCAUGUGUUCCAGAGAGAGGGGGGCAGCUUAACGCACUAUGCGUGUACGAGGCCUCGGGACAGCAGCGAUGAAAGGAACGAGAAAUUUGAAAAAUUCUGGCAUCGUUACAGGGACCAAAAUCCCGGGUCUACCGUGCGCGAUGCUAUUUGGGCCCAACGCAUCUCAUCGACCUGGAACGAGCACUGGUGUUGUGAGGAAGCCAUGCUCAAGGCAGAAGCGGGUGUAAAAGAGAGCAAGAAGAGCACAAGGUCAAUAUUCUUGUCUUGCCUGCUCGCUUGCAAGCAAAUGCAUCACGAGGCGGGACCAUCAUUAUACUCCCAUAUCACUUUUAUCUUGACGACUCUGCCCGCAUCACACAGAUUCUUUGUAACUAACCCGUCCCCUCACCUCAAACACGCGCGCUCUCUCGAGCUAUCGCUCAACGUCCCUUACGCAGCACUCCACAACUACAACGAGAACAACAAUAGACAACAGCACGCGGCGACGCUCCGACCAAAUGCAUGGGCCGACGUCUGUAUUGCCCUGUCGAACCUUUGCCUCGAGGACAGUAACAGCAGCGGCGAUGGUAGCACCGGAGUUAACGUGACCCUGCGCAGUGUGGCCCUGCGCCUCGACCUGGUCGAGGACGACCGCUUCUGGUGGGAAGUCCGCGAGAGCUCCGCCCUCAGCCCUAUCCACGGUCCUCUGCGCGCCCGUCUGGCGCUGCAACUACCUGAGCUCACCGUUGACGUGGAUCGCAUGAGGAUGUUCCAGUACGAGAGCAGCAUAAGCAGCAACCCGACUACUCCUUCGGAGUCAGCCUCUGGGAACUGGGGAGAAGCGGAAGACGACCAAGGACGAGGCAAUGUCGGAAGUGACAACCAGCCAUUUCUCGUGUACCCACUGCCCUCGUACCUACGGAGCUGUUCUGGCAGUAAUGUAAAGAAACGGUUGAUAUCGGAUUUCCAGAGUCUGAAGAGAUAUAGUAGAAGGCGUUGGACGACGACAGACAGCCUCGACGAUGGCAUCGAGGCCAGACUCGAGUUCUUCAGUCCCCGUGAACAUGCACCCGAGGCCUUGGUCCACAGAAUGACGGGAUUAUUUAGGGGAAUGCUCAUGGGCUGA